AUGCGGUGCGGUUCACGACUCUUCCUCACCUCCCUGGCGCUGGCUCUCCUUGGUCACGCCACGUAUUCCCAGAAAGGGUCGGAGGAUGUGCAGGUGAGGGUGAUAACGCUGAACGGUGACGGGGAGCAGCGCGGCAACACCUGGGCGGAGUACGACGCGACGGUGGCGGUGACUGGGGACUACACGCUCUGCCUCCGCUUCAACAUCAUCGUCUUCCGCUUGCUGACGGCCGUGAUCUACAUCCUCGACCAGAAGGAGUAUGACCUGUACCCGAUCUCUCUGGAUGUUUACUUCGAGAAGAUCAGACCGAAGUACGGAGGCUACGGGAGGUUCUAUGCGCUACCCAGCAACCUCGCCACUAACAAAUGGUACUACUACUGCCAGGUACGUAACAGCACAGGUGGGGAAGGUCUCGUCUACCUGAAUGGGGAGUUGAUAGUACACGAGACCGUCACCUUCGAGACUGACGAGGCCGUGCGAGACACCAUCAUGGGUCAGGACGAGUUCAUGCCGCCCUACUCGAUGAGCGGCCAGCUGAGUCAAGUCAACAUGUGGCGCCGAAUCCUGAGCCCCGAGGAGAUCCUUUCGCUCUCCAGGUGUGAGAUGGACCUGGAGGGGGACAUCAUCAGCUGGUCGGGGCCGUGGAAGCAGUUGAACGUCGAGGAAACGUACGUGCCGCUGAAGGAGCUCUGCGGAUCGAUGUCUCGGGGCCGCCAGACGGUGCUGCUGCCGCUACUCCGCUACCGCGACGCCGUUCAGCUGUGUAAGGGCUUGGGUGGCUACAUCGACGCCCCCACAACCAUGGAGGAGGUGAUGCAGACUCUCGCUUACUUCCAGAACAUGGUGGAAGAUAACAGGUGGACGGAGCCUGGUCAAGAGGGCGGCAACACAACGUCUGCCCCCGCCAAGGAAAUCCUGCCCCUCUUCCAAGGGUGCGAGAGGCAGUGGGGCGGCGCGGACGACGAGGCAGUGGAGGACGUGUGGCACAACCCCUUCACGGACGUCAGCGUGGCCCCGAGUGGGCUAGCCUUCAGGAAGCACAACCCCGACGGUGAUAAGUACCAGAACUGCCUCCUGCUCCGCGAAAAGGGCCUGUUAGAUACCGACUGCAAGAAACACAGCUGCUCGGCCUGUCAUACCACCGCUGGAGGCACGUGGACGCUGAGAGGCACGUGCGAGGAGGAGGAGCGCAUGUACUACUUCGACUUGGUGGCGCUGCCCUUGUCGUUCCGCGGCUACGGGGAAUACCGCGUGGAGAAGGUGAAAGCGACGUGGGCGUGGCUCAACGCGAUGACCAACACCACCGUGGCCACGCUGCCGCCGCUCACACUAAACUACCCCGUCGGGAGGCUCCACUGGGAUCUCAAGGAGCCCGUGUGUGGACAGGAGGGGGGCCAGCGCAUGCUAACCCUCUCUGCCUGCGUCCCCGGGGAGUUCACGUGCGACGACGGCUCCUGCAUCCCCUUCUCGAAGCGCUGCGACCUCAAGUUCGACUGCACCGACAAGACGGACGAGAGUUUCUGCGACAUCGUCAACUUCCCCGAUGACUACAGGUCCCGGCUACCGCCCCGCCCCGCUAGCUACUUCUUUCCUCCCUUUGCAGCAUCGGACGAGUCGCUGCCCAUAUCCGCCGCCGUCUCAAUGGACACCCUCAACAUCGACACCACCACCAUGCUGCUCUCCGUCAGCUACAACCUCCGCAUGACCUGGCUCGACAACAGGCUCACCUACAACAACCUCAAGCCGCUCACCCGCCUCAACACAGUGUCACAGGAGCAGGUGGAGCAGCUGUGGCGCCCCCAGGUGGGUUUCAUCAACACCGACGACAUCCAGCAAACGCAUGUGGACGAGGACGCCGUGACCACCGUGUACAGGAAGGAUACGCAAUACACUCCCGACCUCGCCAGUCCGUAUGAGGUGGAAAUCUACCGCGGCGACACUAACCCCCUGUCCACCUCGCGCAAGUACUUCACCAUCUACACCUGCAACUUUGAUCUCGUCCUCUACCCCUUCGACAUCCAGGAGUGUUAUCUACGCCUCCAGAUCAUCUCCGCUUCCUCUGAAUACCUGAUCUUCAACGUCACAGACUCGACCGUGGAGUACCUGGGAGAGAAGUUCUUGGUCGAGUACGGCAUAGGGCGGAUCGACUUGCGGAACGGGGAGGGCGGGCAGUACAGCGAGAUACAUGUGCGAGUGGAGUUAAUCCGCCGCUACGGGUUCGCCAUGCUCAACAUCUACAUCCCCUCCCUCACACUCCUGACCAUCAGCUACGUCACCCUCUACUUCAGGCCCUCCAUCUUUGAGGUGCGCGUAAUGACGGCCCUCACCGCCCUGCUGGUGCUGGCCACGCUCUUCACGCAGGUCUCCUCAUCGCUGCCCAAGACCUCCUACUUCAAGAUGGUCGACAUUUGGCUUCUCUUCUGCAUCAUCCUCAUCUUCUUCAUCAUCAUUUUCCACACCGUCAUUGAUCUCCACGUGGACUACGACAGCGGCUUCUUUUCACACUCCCCGUGGACCAAGGAUUCCUCCGGGCCAAAGGGAGUCACGCGUGUGAGUCCUAUCGCUUCAGGAGACGGCGGCAAUGCAAAGGACUUCAAAGGACUCUACUCUAAGUUCGUCACCUUUAAGCCGGAUCUUAAAUUUUACAUCAAGGCAUCGCGGUACACGAUUUUUAGCAUUUUCCUGCUGUUCAACACCAUUUACUGGGGCACGCUGGCCAGGAACUCGGGCUUGGUCUACUACUACUGACGAGAGAGAACCCGCGAGCCCCAGCAGCAGCCUUGUCUUUGGGUCGGAGGUUCAUCGCUCGUCGUGUGGCGGCGCAUAAUUGAACAGACUCGCGCGCCUUCCAGCACUCUGCCUCGUAUGUUAAUUUGAAGCCACAAAGCAAGACUCUCCCGCAGAAUUACGGCUCUCCAUCUUCGAGCGCACCCAUGCACACACACACACACACACACACACACACACACACACACACACACACACACACACACACACAUUAUUUUCUUGAUUAUCGACAGAAAACGAGAAAAUAUAUAAUAAUCUUGCAAGGUAUAAGGUGCCGUGCGAUAUGCAACACUCGUGCACCACCACCACCACCACCACUAACAUCACCAUCACCACCACCAUCGCCGCCAUCACCCUUCUCCACGCCAUUACUAUCACCACACGACCCACACGACACCAAACGCUCCACCACCACC